CCCCUCUCAGUAAGGAAUUACAUCAUAAUUUUUUGUAAACAAAUAAUUAGAAAAUAAUAGACCUAAAAUGAGAGAAGGAAAAAAACCUUCAAAAAACAGCCAGUCAAGAAGAAAUAUAUAAGGAAAACAGAUAACCAGAUAAGACAGAUAUUUCUUAGUAUAUGAAAGGAAUGCACUUAAACAGCAGAUUUCAUAAUCAUGCCAUACAAAGAUUACCUACCCAUCUCUUCAUGCCUGAGUGUUUAGCACGAUUACUGCACAGCUGCAGACACAGAAAUAAACAAGCUGAUUUUUAAGCCUGUUCUCUAUAGUUACAACAAGUCACUGUUCUGGUCAAAGUGGAGCUGAGAUAUACAGUCGUUCUAACCCCCCCCCCGGUCUGUUUGAGGUUGAAUAUCAUAAUAGUAUAAUCUGUAACAUAAUAAUGUAUCUAGAGUAGUACAAUCUGGAAAUGCUAUCCUGCUCACUCUUCCCUGUGUUGGAGAAUCAUGAGCACUAUGUAAAACAUUAAUAUAGGGUAAUAAAUGAAGUUAUAAUCCAAGUUAAAUAUUUCAAAUACUUUUUUUGUUAGGUUUUUGUUGUGUGUCACAUUCCAAGGCAUAAACACCAUCAGCCCAAUGUAGCAGACAACAUGUUCUCUUGAAAUAGCCCAUUAUGCUUAUGAUUUGAUGCAUAUAAUUAGAGCUGCAACAACUAAUCUAUAAAAUCGAUAAUAAUCGAUUAUGAAAAUCGUUGUCAUCGAAUCUCAUUAUCGAUUAGUUGGUCUACACACGGCAUGGGGUACAUUUUACUCACUGCGGUACUUCUGUUCUGUAAACACGCAUUGGGGAGUACAGACAAGUUUUGUCCCAAAUGAUGUACUACAUACGUACACUAUGCACUAUAUGCUCUGCCAUCUAUUGUAUGAAUUUUAGAAUGGUAGUAUCAUCUCAAAUGGAACACGAGUGUUUUUUUACUAACCAGAAGUAUAAGCUGUUUCCUAGACAAUGGCACAUGGUGUCAAACACACAAAAUGUGACUGUGCUAGUUUUAGCAGAAAACCCAGAGUCAACAGGUGUGCUCUGUGUGCAAGGGGUUGGGGAAACUGGUGCGAGUUGCUUAAGAGGUUCAAUUUAAAUAAAGUUUAUUGUCAUUAUAUGCUUUAUUUGCACAAUGCAGUAUAAGUUAUGUCCUUUAUUAUGACUGGAGUGAUCUACUAAUAACGAGACCAUGUUACUCCUCACUCACAAUGUAGAUGUGGUGAUAAACAGUGGGAGCACAAGUAAGAUCCAUAAUGUCUAAUUAAAGUGGUAUGAUCAAAGUAAACAUAAGUAAAACUACAUAUAUAUAAAUAUUAUGUAUGUAUAUGUGUAUGUAUGCAUAUAAUGUAUGUAUAUAUGUAUUUAUAUGUAUGUGUGUAUGUAAUAUAUAAUUGGACAAACAGUUGUGUUACUGUAAAGUUUUAGUCUGAAGUUUAUAAACACAUUGAAAGUUUUUUUUUAAAAAAUUCAAUUAAUUGAAAAAAGAAUUGUCCGAUUAUGAAAAUAAUCAUUAGUUGUAGCCCUAGAUAUAAUGUAGUUGGUGAAAUGCUGUAUAUGGAAACUGGUAAAGAAUUAGUUGCCAAGUUCUGAGUGAACACUAUUGAAACACUGUCUGAAACACAAUGUCUUCUAAAACUGUGACAACAGAAUAGGUUAUAAUGUAAAGUUCUGUGUAGUUUGGGAUGUUUCUGCAAGAUUGUACUUGACACAAGUCAUCCUGUUUGUCUUUUCAACAAACCAAGUUGUCCUGCCUACACCAGCACAAAUAUGACCUUUCUACUUAGGACCUUUCUGCACAGAGGAUACAAAUGUUCAAUUUAUAGCCUUUCUGUAUCACACUUAGUAGGCUCCAUAGGGCUAAAGUAGCAUCCAUAAUUUUAUAAUUUAUUCACCUUAUAAUAUUUAGUAGACCUGUUAUUUGGAUGAUCUAUUAAAUUCAAGCAGGGUAUUUUAUUCGUGGGUAGGUACAGCUAUGUUGUCUGAUUCUUUCACAUUUUCAUUGCCUUUUAAUAUCAUAGUUUAGCUUUUUGUUUUGAUCACAAUAUGUUAUGGUUUUUAAGUAAUCUCCAUAAGCAGAAAUUGGAGAGGUGACCAUAGUACCAGCUCAGUGUUUGUUCAAUAUAAGGUGUCCAAAAAUAGGCAUAUGCUAUCUCAAAUUCUGGUUUUUCAUUUUACAGCUGCAACAUUCUGGUUAUAUGUUCUCUGGCUCAUUAUAAAGCAAACUUGCAUAGAUUGGAAAUACAAAUAUCUUUUGUGAUGGGGUGGGCAAAAACAUGUAUAUGUAAAUAGCAAAUAGUAAUUCACUUGAACUGGUGAUACUGUCAUGGAGUGCAAAGAAAAAUUACCCUUAAUACACUUGUAUUUAUUUAGUGUUCUCCAACUUGGAGUACUGUUGAAGAAUUAAGAACUCUCUUCAUCUCCUGCUGGUGUUUUUGUCCAAACUGAGCCUGCUUUAGCAUCCACAUUUAGAAAUUAUUAAUAAUAUUUAAUAAUGAUAGAUAAUAAAUAAUCUUAUAAAAUAGGUGUUAAGAUAAUUUUAUUCAAAAACUCUGGGUGUCAGAUUAAGUUCGAGUAAGUAUUCUAUAAAAUGCCUCUCUCUGACUUAUAAAUGUUUAGUAUAAAUUCAGUAUAAAUAAAUUCAGUAUAAAUGUUUUUAGAAAUUGCCAUGCUGCCUUUAUAAGGAGACGGUGUUUUAAAGAGGCUUGGAAAGAAACACUUCAAAGGAAUGUAUGACAGGGUGGAAAAGCGAGACUUCCUGUCUAUGUGAUUUGUUUUGUGUGUUAAUGAAUGCAUGUGCUACUGCAGCUUCCUCUAAGGCGGGAGGCAUUCGUUUUGCUGAGGCAAAUUCUGCUGCUGCUGCCGCCGCUCACUCCCACGUGCACUUUGAUGAGAAGCUGCACGACUCUGUUGUCAUGGUGAUUCCUGAGUCUGAUGGGAACUUCUUGGUUAAGGUGGGCUUCCUGAAGACUCAACACAGGUAUGAAAUUGUCUUCAUGCUGCCAGAGGUUCCAGGGCUUGGGAAAGAUGUGUGUCCAGCUCCGGUGCCCAACCCAUACCUUCAGAUUAAAGAUCUUACUGCAGCUCCUAGUGGAGGUUUAAAGGUGACUUGCGAGUAUGUGGCUCACAAGGAGGGGGUGCUGUGUGAGGAAAUGCUAAUACUCAGUGAGAGCAAAGAGGACGUGUGCCUGAAGGUGAAAGUUCAUGCCCGUGUUAUGGAUCGACACCAUGGGACACCGAUGUUAUUAGAAGGGGUACGAUGUGUUGGAGCUGAGCUUGAGUAUGACUCAGAGCAAAGUGAUUGGCAAGGAUUUGACUAAUAGGAUUUUACCUCAGAUAUUGCCAUUGGUACAGUGUAAUUGUUGGAAUAGACACACACACACACACGCACACACAUGCACACACACACACACACAAACACACACACACACACAAGGAUCAGCCAUAACAUUAAAACCACUGACCGGUGACGUGAACAACAUUGAUUUUCUUGCUACAAUGGCACCUGUCAAGGGGUGGGGUAUAUUAGGCAGCAAGUAAACAGUCAGUUCUUGAAGUUGAUGUGUUGGAAGCAGGAAAAAUGGGCAAGCAUAAGAAUCUGAGCAACAUUGACAAGGCCAUUGCAUUUGAUAAGGACAAGUGUGUCGGCUAUAUCAGUGGUUUUCAAAGUGUGGGCCGCCAGGGGGCGCUGGGGGGCCUGAAAAAUUUGGUGUGAAAAAUAAAUAAAUACAUGAUUUUCUCUUUCUCACUCUCAGACAACCACACACACACACACACACACACAAUCAAUUCCUAAUCUAAUGUAAUGUAAAGAUGUAAGAUGUAAUUAUUAAUAAAAAGGGGGAUAUAUUCAGAAGUCUGUAUUUUUAAUGUGCUUUAAAGACAUCUUGCAAAAGUGGGGCCUCGGUCAAAUGUUAAUGCCAUUUGGGGGGCCUUGCCCUGGAAAAGUUUGGGAACCCCUGGGCUAGAUGACUGGGUAUAAUAUAGGGUAUAGCAUCUCCAUGACAAACAGCAGGUCUUGUGGGGUGUUCCAGUAUGCAGUGGUUAGUACCUACGAAAUGUCGUCCAAGGAAGGACAACCGGUGGACUAGCAACAGGGUCAUGGGUGCCCAAGGCUCAUUGAUGCAUGUGGCGUAUAAAGGCUAGCCCAUCUGGUCCGAUCCCACAGAAGAGUUACCGUAGCUUAAAUUGCUGAAAAUGUUAAUGCUGGCUAUGAUAGAAAGAUGUCUGAAAGCACAGUGCAUCACAGCUUGCUGUGUAUGGGGCUGAGUGCCUAUGAUGACCCCAGUCCACCGCCGAAAGUGUCUACAAUGGGCACAUGAGCAUCAGAUCUAGACAAUGGAGCAAUGGAAGAAAGUGGCCUUGACUGAUGAAUAACAUUUUAUUUUACAUCAUGUGGACGGCCGGUGGCAGAUGGUUAUGUUAUGGCCGAUCGGGCUCCGUGUGUGUGUGUAAUAUAAUAAUAUAUAUAUUUUACACACACACACAUACAUA